AUGCGUCUCCAAUUCCUCGCCUUGGCCCUCACAUCCAUCGUGGGCAGUGCCAGCGCCGGCGAAAUAAACGACUAUUCCUGCCGCAACUCAAAUAACAGCAACCCCAUCGUCUUCCUGCACGGGCUCGGCGCAACCUUCUACGAAGACCUCAACUUCAUGCAAGCCUGGCUCCAGACGCAAGGCUACUGCACCUACGCCAAAACCUACGGCGACUACACCGGUUUUCCCUUCGUCGGCGGCUUAAAGCCCAUCGCGGACUCCGCGUCCGAGAUCGCCGCGUACAUCAAGGAGGUCAAGGAGGAGACGGGCGCCGAGAAGGUAGAUCUGGUCGGACACUCCGAGGGCGCAUUCCAGUCGCUGUAUGUGCCGAAGUUUGAGGACGGGAUUGCGGAGAUCGUUGAGCGGGUUGUGGCACUUGCGCCGCCGACGAGGGGGACGACUUUUAUUGGACUUUAUAACUUGGCAUAUAUCCUUGGUGAUGCUUCGAGGGAGCUUGUUGGGAAGGUGCUGAAGCUUUUUGGAUGUCCGGCUUGUGAUGAGUUGGGGCCUGAUGGUGACGCUGUGGAUAAGUUGAAUGAUGGGGAGCCCAUUGUGCAGAAGGGAAUUAAGGUUACUGUUAUUGCGUCAAAGUAUGAUGAGAUGGUGACGCCGACUACAACGUCGUUUGUGCAUGAGGAGGGCGUGAAUAAUGUCUGGGUGCAGGAUGUUUGUCCUGCGGAUCCGGUUGGACAUAUUGGGGAGGCGUACGAUUUGAAUGUCUGGAACUUGGUUAAGAAUGCGCUGGAUGAUCAGCCGGAUAGAGAGUUUUUUUGUGUGAUCGGAUCCCCGGGGAAGUAG